AUGGAUACUAAGAUACCGAAGCCAACGCCGGAACAUGAUCGCGUAAAACACGAAUUGACAGGUCCUUUAGUUUUCCAAUGUUUAAGUUGCAAAAUAAUCGUCGGUGAUUCUUUCGCGUGGGUAGCUGCAGAUCGAAAAUUAAACUCAGUCACGUUAUAUGCUAAACCACAUAAUAUAAGGGUUGGCACUGAAUUAUUAUGGUCGAAGGAAGGUGUUGACAUUGGAAGCACGUAUACGUUAAUGUAUUGCAACGGGUGUAAUGCUACACUUGGAAAAGUAUGGCGUACAACGCCUCGUAGUCUAGAUUAUUUACGGGACCUUUAUACCAUCAACCUUGAUAGCAUCACAAUCUACGCAUUAGGAGCGUAUAUUGAUGUUAACACCACGCCAUCAGAUGAUCACACUCUACCUAGUGCUAGGAUGCAACAAGUGUCUAUCAAUAAGCUUCAAGACAUGGUCUUAUUGCUACAUCAAAGAAUUUCAGCAAUGGAAUGCAGCAUGGGCCAACAAGGUCUAAUGACAUUGGAUUCGAACGUAGUUGGUUCAUCAUAUGAGAGUCUUACUCACGCACAUAAUGGUAAUCCAUAA